UAAGCUUGCCGUGUUCUUUGAAUUUCUUUAUUGUAAAUUUUAAGAUUUUCAUUUUGUUUAAGUGUAUUUCUAGUUUAGUUUUACGCCAUCUUCAUUCAGCACUUCUACAGUCUCUUUUAAGUUUCAAGAGCUGCUCUCAUUCUGUUAUUAAACUCAUAAACUAAAUCAUCACAGGAUGACGGUAAAAUGUUCCUUUCACAAGUCUUCAGAGGUAAUAUAACGUUUUUUUAACAAUGGGUUCAGUUGCUUGUGACCCAGAGAUGUUCUUGAAUCUCAGAUCAGUUCAUUAGGAGCAAACAGGACAUCAUCUGGAUGAAGCAGCACAAAGGCAGGCGUAUCAGUGGCUCUGAUCGUCUGAAUAAAGACUUGUCUGUGUGGUCUCCUCUAGGGCCUCAGUACGGGACGGUGGGGCGAGCGUGGUUCGCUCUGAUGACCGAGGCCGAGAAGGUGAGCGACCUGCACAUGGAGGUGAAGACUGCACUGACGGGAGAGCACCUGGAGAAAAUCAAGAACUGGCAGAAGGACGCUUACCACAAACAGAUGAUUGGUGGCUUCAAGGAGACCAAAGAAGCAGAAGAUGGCUUUCGCAAGGCACAGAAACCCUGGGCCAAGAAACUCAAGGAGUGUGUGAGAUUGGCGUGGCCCAGAAACAUCUGCAAGGUGGAUACGAUGAAGAAGGCCUACCACAACGCCUGUAAGGAGGAGAAAACCGCCUCCAGCCGAGAGAGUUCAAGCAAGCUGGAGAAUAACAACCCAGAGGCCAAGAAGAAGCUGCAGGAGAAAGUGGAGAAGUGCCAGCAGGAAGUUCAGAAGACGCAGGAGCGCUACAGGAAGUCUCUGGAGGAGCUGGAGAUGAUGACCCCUCAGUACAAGGAGAACAUGGAGCAGGUGUUCGAACAGUGGCAGCAGUUUGAGGGCAAGAGACUGCACUUCUUCAGAGAGCUGCUGCUGGUCAUCAAGCAGCACCUCGACCUCUCCUCCAAUCACAAGUACUCAACCAUCUAUCACACACUGGAGGACACGCUCCAGGCAGCCGACGCACAGGAAGACCUCAAGUGGUUCCGCUCCAACCACGGGCCCGGCAUGCCCAUGAACUGGCCUCGGUUUGAGGAAUGGUCCAUGGACUCGAAUCAAACACUCAGUCAAGGAGAAGCCAAGAGGAAACACGCUGAUGGAGUGACUCAGCAGACAGAGCAGACCUCUAAAACCAGCAGCAGCGUUCCUGUGCCCAGUAGCUUAAACCCGUUUGAUGAGGAUGAGGAUGGUGAGGAUGAAGAGGAGCCGGCGGAGCGGUCCGAGAGCAGCCCGGUCGCUGAGGAAGUGACGGCUCAAACCGCUGGGACUGUAGAGAAGACGGCGGCUGCCGGCUCUGACGAGGAGGCAGGGAAUCCCUUCACUAACACUAACAGCAAUCCGUUCGAGGACGAGCCGUGCUCACCGUGUGAGGUGUGUGUGCCGGUGCGAGCCCUAUACGACUACGAGGGGCGGGGCCGGGACGAGCUGAGCUUCAGAGCAGGAGAUCAGCUGAUGGAGAUCAGCGAGGAGGACGAGCGGGGCUGGUGUAAGGGGUGAGGUGAGCG